CCCAUUGAUACCUUCCUGCCAUCUAGUUUAUACUCAGGUUUCGUCGUAAAACAUGGCUUUUAUCGUGAUUACAGCUGCAGCCAUAUUGGCUAGCGUAAACGCAGGUAUGAUGAAAAUGAUGCCACCACCGAUGGACAUGAUGAAAAUGAUGCCGAUGGAAAUGAUGGGCGGUAUGGGUGGCAAAGGUGGCAUGAUGGAAAUGAUGCCAAUGAAGCCGAUGAUGAUGGAGAUGAUGCCGAUGAAAAUGAUGGAAAUGAUGCCCAUGCCAAUGAUGGAAAUGAUGAAAAUGAUGCCCAUGCCAAUGAUGGAAAUGAUGAAAAUGAUGCCAAUGAUGGAAAUGAAAGGUAAAAUGAUGGAAAUGAUGAAGAUGAAAGAAAUGAUGGGCAUGAUGAAAAUGAAGGAAAUGAUGGAGAUGAAAGGAAAGAUGGAAAUGAUGCCAAAAAUGAUGGAAAUGAUGAAAAUGAAGGAAAUGAUGCCAAUGAUGGAAAUGAUGAAAAUGAAAGAAAUGAUGCCAAUGAAAAUGGAAAUGAUGCCUAAGAUGAUGGAAAUGAUGAAAAUGAUGCCAAUGAAAAUGGAAAUGAUGCCUAAGAUGAUGGAAAUGAUGAAAAUGAUGCCAAUGAAAAUGGAAAUGAUGCCAAUGGAAAUGAUGAAAAUGAUGCCAAUGGGAAUGAUGAAACCCAUGCCAAUGGAAAUGAUGCCUAAGAUGAUGGAAAUGAUGAAACCAAUGCCAAUGGAAAUGAUGCCAAUGAAAAUGGAAAUGAUGCCUAAGAUGAUGGAAAUGAUGCCAAAAAUGAUGCCAAUGGAAAUGAUGAAGCCCAUGCCAAUGCCAAUGGAAAUGAUGAAACCAAUGCCAAUGAUGAAAUCAAUGCCAAUGAAGAAAGGAGUAUACUAAACAAACAUUUAAAACUGAUGAAUAUUUACAUAUUAUUUAACUUUAAAGCAGAUGUAGAUUUAAAAUAAAUAUAGAUAUCAUUCAUAACAGAAGGAUUUAAGCUUGGAUUUCGAGGGCUUUAGUCACUUUUUCGUGAAAAGAAAAAAAAACCUUUCUUGGG